AUGGCAUUGCCAAGGUACGUCGUUCUAAAAUCAAAAUACAACAACAAAUAUUUACGCUACAUUCAUGAAGAUACGCAAGUGCAUGGAUUUCUCCAAUUCUCUGGAGAUGAGGUUGUAAGUCCCUAUUCAAAGUUUGAAGUAGAGCCUUCUAAGACUGCAAGUGGACUGAUGGCGAUUCUAAAAAGCUUCGAUUUCUCCAUGUUCAACUUAAACAUUAUUGCUCCUUGUGGAGGCUAUGAUCAUCCUGAAGAGUAUGAGUGUGAUAUUUGCAUAAUUGUUGAUUGGGAGUCAUUGUUAAUAUUGCCCAAACAUGUCGCUUUUAAGGGUGACAAUGGUCAAUAUCUUAGUGCUCGUUGGAUCGAAGGACAUCCAUAUCACCAGUAUGCAUCUAACGAUAUUGGAGAUCCAACAGUUGGUUAUGAGAUUUUCACAACCAACGAUGGAAGCAUUCGCGUGAAAUCUGAUUACUUUGGUAAAUUUUGGAGGCGUAGUCCAAAUUGGAUAUGGGCCGACACAACAGACACUAGCAACAACAACUGCGACACAUUAUUUUGGCCAGUUAAAGUUUCUAGCAAUGUUGUUGCUCUUCAAAAUUUGGGUAACAACCACUUUUGCAAAAGACUCACAACUGAAGGUAAAAUAGAUUGUCUCAAUGCUGGGGUCUCAACUAUUUCUAGGGAGGCUCGAAUGGAGAUUUCAGAGCUUGUCAUUUCACGACAAAUUUAUAAUGUCAAUUUUCGCCUCCUUGAUGCUCGAGUCUAUGAUCAAAAAGUUAUCACAAUGGCAAAUGGAGUUGCGGUGAAUAAGACAAACCAGCCAAAUGAAGCAGAAAUCAAACUUACAUAUUCAGAUACUACAAGCAAUACUUGGAACUCAAGUGUUUCAUUGAAGUUAGGAGUUUCAACUACCAUUAAGACUGGCAUUCCAAUCAUUGCAGAAGGAAAUAUUGAGGUUUCAACUGAGUUUGAGGGAUCUUAUGAAUGGGGAGAAACAAAAGAAACAAAAAAAGAAAUACAAACAGUUUACAAGGUUACUGUGCCACCAAUGACUACAGUAAAG